CAGAUCAAAACUUUAGCGCUGCUGGUAGUUUGUUUUGUUAUUUGCGUAAAAAUGAUAUUUUUAAAUACACAUUGCAUGACUUUUUAUACCGUUUAAUUGUUCAGUUGCAGCUACUGUGUAAAAGUAAAAUAAUAGUAAACGUAAGGCGAAAGUGUAUUAAUUUUUUUAGCUAUGUAUUUUUCUGUAAUGAAGAUUUUUUUUGUAAAAACUAGUCUUCUUAAAAUACACUUAAUUUAUUGCAUUAACUUAUAAUAAGUUGUACUUCAAAAUGUUACUACGUCAUAAAAAGGUAUUUUUUGUUGCAAAAUUGAUAAUAAAGUAAUAUACGUAAUGGAGAAACCAGAACAAAAUGAGAUUCUUCCGCCAGCUUUACGAGUUGCUCAGCUUGAUAUGCAAAGUUUGGAUGAUUUUCUAAUGCAGCAGUUUUCCAACCAACUUCACCAAUGUUUCAAGUAUACGAUGUUUGAAGGGGUCGUUGUAAAAUUAGAGCCAUGUAUACGUACAGGGUUGUUUGCGUUGCUGUUACAUCAGACCUUAAUUAGAUCAAACCAAACUAUCGGACAAAAGCUACUGGGAUUAAAAUACGACACAAAAUCCCGAAAAAUAUUGAAAAUAUGGGUAGCCGUUACAAUUCUGAAGUAUGGAUAUGAAAACCUUGUAAAAGCAGGUUUUUCUGUUUUCGCCCAGUCAAAUUUGUUUGAAUUUAUUCAAAAAGUGUUCAGUUUCGCAACGAUGCUCAAUUUUCUAUGGUUUUUGCGAAAAGGAGACUAUCACUCUGUGCUGCUCCGUGUGUGUGGUUUGCGAACAGUUUAUAACCAGCCAAACCCGCAAGAGCGUGACGUAACUUUCCCAACCAUUAGUCGUGAAUUGCUCUGGCAUGGAUAUGCUGAAACAGCUGUUCGAUUCCUGUCAUUUUUAAAUGCCGAAAAAGUCAAAACUUACGUGAAAAAAAUGCUUUUUGAUCAAACCAACCCAAAAGUUUCAAAAGAUGCCGACAAAACUUGUUAUGAUAAAUGUUCAUACUGCAACAAGGUCCCUAUAAUGCCUCACACGAGUAACUGUGAGAUUCAUGCUCAUUGUUAUUAUUGUGUUGCCAGUUCACUUGUCAAAAACUCCAAGUGUGAAUGCCCAUCUUGCCACACACCAAUUGUGAAGAUAAUUCCUCUUAAGCUACAAUAUACAAAGCUUAAUUAGUGCCAUUGAAUGGCUUUUAAAGUUUUUUUUUGUAAACCUGGGAUAUUGACUUCCAUUCCCAAAUUUUAUUUCACAGACCAAGUAGUCCGUUUAGCCAAUCUCAUGGCUUUACAACAUUCUUACGUUUUUAGGAUGACAACAAUAAGAUUCAUAAAAAAUGUCCAUGCAUUAAAACAUAAGAUAAAAUAAGAUUUCCUGCAUCAUGUCACAAUUAUUCUGUUUCUAUGCAUAUAUGUUGUCAUUGUUAAUUCACAAAGUAUGUGAUUAGUUUUUGUUUAAAGUUGAAUUGAACACAGUAAAUGUUAAUCAAUUGUAAUGUUCAAAGGGUAAAUCAUGGUACAAUGUAGUUAGACAUUGAAAUAGGUAAGAUCAAAGGUAUUUUACCGCCACCACAUGCUUAUUAAGUAUAUAGAGUUUAAACAUUACAAAAACUGCCCACAAAACAAUCGGUUAUAAUGUGUACUGUAGGCUCCUGCAUUUUGCUAUGCACAACUAAAGGUUUCAUGUUUUUGUUACAAUUAUUUUACUUUAAUUUAAUUUCUAAUCAACAG